AUGUCUGUUGCAAACAGCAGCCACCUUACAAGAUGGCUCCUAUCACUCCCGCCCGUCGAAUUCGUAAUGCAACAAUUACGCGAGACACUCAUCGGCAGUCUGAAAUGCGGUCCCAUUCCUAAGCACAUUGCAUUCGUCAUGGACGGCAACCGAAGGUACGCCCGAAAGAACAAGGUGGAGACAGUGGAAGGGCAUCAUCUGGGCUUUGAGGCAUUGGCGCGCAUACUUGAAGUGUGCUAUAAGAGCGGCGUGAAAGUGGUGACCAUUUACGCCUUUUCGAUCGAGAACUUCAAGCGGUCCAAGUACGAGGUGGAUGGAUUGAUGGACAUGGCCAAGACGAAAUUGGUCCAGAUGAGCCAACACGGAGAGUUGUUUGAUCGCUAUGGCGCCAGCGUGCGUAUUCUGGGCGAUCAUAGCUUGAUCCGUGAAGACGUGCUUGAGCAGGUCAAUCGCGCCGUGGAGAUGACGAAGCACAACCACGAGACUGUGCUAAACGUCUGCUUCCCAUACACCGGCCGGGAGGAGAUCACCCACAGCAUCCGCGAGACCGUGCGCGAGUUCAGCGAACCUCCCAAGCGCACCAGACAAAAGCGACCCUUCAGCGAAACCCACAUCCAGCGUAACAUCCUGAACCGGACGCUAUCCGCCCAAGACCUCGAAACCUCCUCCAACAUCCAGUACAACUCCAGCCAGACCAGUCGCAACUCCUCGCCCAUCCACAAAGCCCACUCGACCACGAGCAUCAGCAGCAGCAGCAACGGUCGCUCGAGGAAAAACAUGCCCGACGCCGAGGCCAUCACCGCCGAGAUUCUCACGCGGAACAUGUACACGGCGGACGCGCCGCCGCUGGACCUGCUGAUCCGCACAUCAGGCGUGCAGCGAUUGUCGGAUUUCCUGCUGUGGCAGUGCCAUGAGACGACGGAGAUGCGAUUCCUCGGAUGCCUGUGGCCGGAGUUUGAUCUAUGGCAUUUCUUGCCUGUGCUCCUCGAGUGGCAGUGGAAGCAGCGGAGGGUGGCGGCGGAGAAGAGGAGUGCGUCAAAAGCUUUAUCGUAA